GAAACGAACCAACGAGCUCCGAGAGGAAGUGAGGAACCAUGCUGAACUCCUCUUUUCGGACAGUUCGUAGGCUCUGCUCUCUUCGCACUCUUCUCGUUCACUCUCGUCGUCUCCCUCUCUCAGACGAAAUCCUCUCCGAGUCCUCUCUUCUGUCUAGAGUUCCUCCUCUGCGCUGCUCCCCUACUCCAACUACCAUUGCUUGUUCGUUCUGUUCUACUUCUAUUACUACUAACUUCAUCAAUGACAACAAUGGGCAUGUACCUCCUCCAGUCUCGGAUGAGAAGAAAUUGGAAGAAUUUCGAUUCACAGAUCCGUAUUCGGCUAUAGAGCUCGUUCUCGACUCUGUAGUGAAGAUAUUCACAGUGACGAGCAGCCCCAACUAUUUCCUUCCAUGGCAGAAUAAGUCACAGCGAGAAACAAUGGGUUCCGGAUUUGUUAUCUCUGGGAGAAGGAUCCUAACAAAUGCUCAUGUAGUAGCUGAUCAUACAUUUGUACUUGUGAGAAAGCAUGGUUCCCCGACCAAGUAUAGAGCAGAAGUUCAAGCGGUUGGACAUGAAUGUGAUUUGGCUAUUCUUGUUGUUCAAAGUGAAGAGUUUUGGGAGGGAAUGAAUUGUUUGGAGCUUGGAGAUAUUCCAUUUUUACAGGAAGCUGUGGCUGUUGUUGGAUACCCACAAGGUGGAGACAAUAUCUCUAUUACUAAAGGUGUUGUCUCUAGAGUUGAACCAACUCAAUAUGUCCAUGGUGCAACCCACCUCAUGGCUAUACAAAUUGAUGCAGCCAUUAAUCCAGGGAACAGUGGAGGCCCUGCAAUCAUGGGUGACAAAGUUGCUGGUGUAGCUUUUCAAAACCUUUCAGGUGCAGAGAAUAUUGGGUAUAUAAUUCCAGUCCCUGUAAUAAAGCAUUUUAUAAGUGGUGUAGAGGAAAGUGGAAAAUACAUUGGAUUUUGCUCUCUAGGUUUGUCGUGCCAGCCUACAGAAAGCAUGCAACUGAGAGAGCAUUUCCAUAUGCGCCCUGAUAUGACUGGGGUUCUUGUCUGCAAGAUUAAUCCUCUUUCAGAUGCCAAUCGGGUGCUAAAGAAAGACGAUAUCAUCCUUGCAUUUGAUGAUGUGCCUAUAGCAAAUGAUGGAACGGUUCCUUUUCGGAACAGGGAGCGGAUAACGUUUGAUCAUUUGGUCUCAAUGAAGAAACCCAAUGAAACAGCUAAAGUUACGGUGUUGAGGAAUGGUGUAGAGUAUGAAUUCAACAUUACCCUCCUACCUUUGCAGCCAUUAGUUCCAGUUCAUCAGUUUGAUAAGCUGCCUAGUUAUUUCAUUUUUGCGGGUCUGGUUUUUGUUCCAUUGACCCAGCCAUACCUUCAUGAAUAUGGGGAAGACUGGUAUAACACUUCACCCCGUCGAUUGUGUGAACGUGCAUUGAGGGAAUUGCCUAAGAAGGCUGGUGAACAACUUGUCAUUCUUUCUCAGGUGUUGAUGGAUGAUGUCAAUACGGGGUAUGAGCGUCUUGCAGAAAUGCAGGUAAAGAAAGUAAAUGGUGUUGAAGUUGAGAAUCUGAAACAUCUGUGUAGACUUGUAGAGGAUUGUAGUGAAGAGAGCUUAAGAUUUGAUUUAGAUGAUGAUAGGGUAAUUGUUUUGAACUAUCAAUCGGCAAAGGUUGCCACAUCUCGGAUCUUGAAGCGCCACAGAAUACCUUCUGCCAUGUCAAAUGACCUGAUUGAGGAACAAAAAGAAGAAUCACAAACGGAGUUGGCCAGCUUGAGAUGAUGCACUUUUUUAUUUUUUUAUUUUUUAUUUUUGUACUCCCUUCUCUGAGAUUUUUUUAUGGCUGGUAAGUUAUCCAGUUGGCUAAUUUACUGUUCACAAUCAUCGCAGUAGUCCGUUCUUUGUGAUGGCUUCUGAAUUAAUUUUCGAUUUUCAUCUUUUUGCGUUGAAAAAAAAAAGCUCUCUUACCAAAUCAA